CCACUAAAAAUAAGUAUACGAAGUCACAGAGUUUACCGGUCCGAGUUGAUUCGAAUCGACGCGGAUUGGUCGCUGACGACCAACAGUGACAGAAAUCGACCAAUCAACGCACGUGCGCCGAGAUCGGCGAUUGGCCGCGCGACUCGCCGGUUUGAACUUUGAACCGCUUGAACGUAGUGACGAACGAAAGAGUGGAGCGGGGAGCGGAAACGGCUGGCAAUCGAAGGGAGGAGGUACGAUUUCACGCGUUCACCGUAAUUUUAAAUUACUUUUGACGAACUCGGCGGAGUCGCUGACUGGACAAUCGAGUUAAACGAAAGGUGAGCGCUGUCCGCGAGAGAUCGACGAUGUCCGCGACGGGUAAGGCAGUGCUUUACUCUUAUUGGCGGAGUUCCUGUUCUUGGAGAGUAAGAAUUGCAUUGAAUUUAAAGGAGAUACCAUACGAUAUAAAGCCUAUUAGUAUAAUAAAAGAAGAUGGAGAACAACAUUCCAACGAAUUCCGCAAGAUUAAUCCAAUGGAAAGAGUCCCUGCGCUUUAUAUUGACAAUCAUACUCUGAUAGAGUCUAUGAAUAUUCUGCAAUACUUGGAGGAAACUAGACCGACUCCUCCAUUGAUGCCGGCGGAUCCUGUUGAGAGAGCUAGAAUGAGAGAGAUUUGCGAAGUAAUUGUCAGUGGUAUACAACCAUUGCAAAAUAUCGGUGUUUUAAGCUAUAUUGAGAAGGAACGUAGAAAGGAAUGGCCGCAGCAUUGGAUCACUAAAGGAUUUACAGCCGUGGAGAAGUUGUUAUCAUCGAGCGCGGGCAAGUAUUGCGUCGGCGACGAGAUUACGUUAGCGGACUGUUGCCUGGUGCCACAAAUGUAUAACGCGCAAAAAUUUCACGUCAAUCUGGAACCCUUUUCCACGAUUCUGAGGGUAGGCCGUCAUUUGGAACACCAUCCGGCCUUCACUGCGACUCAUCCCAAUAAUCAGCCGGACUGUCCGUCCGAGCAGGCGAUCAAGCGAGGAGAGUAGACCCACCCUCUUCUUCUAUAUUUUUAGGAGAGUGAAAAGAAAUGGUUUAACAUCAUGUGGUAUCAUAAUGACAAAAGGUGAACUGAUUUAUAGCAUAUAUUAUAUUCGUAUUUCCCAUACAUUUAGAAUUGCAGCAAUUAAAAAUUCAGUUUCUAUAUUGUAAAUAAAAAUGUACUCUAGACAAAGAUAAAUAUUUGUUAAACAACA